AGGGCGAUUUUUGGAAAGUAUGACAAAGACAUUUUGUCUUCCUGAAGUUAAGUAUACUCAAUUAUUCAUUGGUAAUGAAUUUGUCGAUAGCAAAUCGAAAAAAACAUUUCCAACUAUUAAUCCAACAACAGAGGAUGUGAUAUGUCAUGUUCAAGAAGCUGAUCAGAAUGAUGUAAACAAAGCAGUUGAAUCUGCUAAGGCAGCCUUCAAAACAGGAUCUACGUGGCGUACCAUGGAUGCUUCAGAACGUGGUGUUUUGUUACAUAAAUUGGCUGAUCUUAUCAAAAUGAAUGCUGAAUAUAUAGCUCGUUUGGAAGCAAUGGAUAAUGGGAAGACUGUAGACUUAGCAUUGGAUGAUGUCUUAUUUGCAGCGCAAACAACUCGGUAUUAUGCUGGAUACGCUGAUAAGAUUCAUGGUAAACAGUUACCAGUUGACGGGAAUAUGAUUACGUUUACUCGCCGUGAACCACUUGGAGUUGUUGCUUGUAUCACACCGUGGAACUAUCCGUUUUUGUUGAGCGUUCUCAAAUGUACUCCAUGUUUAUGCGCUGGUUGCACAGUUGUAUUGAAACCCGCAGAACAAACACCAUUAUCCGCAUUGUAUUUAGCUGCUUUAACCAAAGAGGCAGGUUUCCCACCUGGAGUAUUUAAUGUUAUCUGUGGAUAUGGUGAAACUACUGGUGAGGCGUUAACUCAUCAUCCGGAUGUUAGAGCUAUCUCAUUCACCGGUAGUACUGAAGUUGGUCAGUUGAUAAUGAAAGCUGCGGCUACGAAUAUUAAACAUGUGAAAUUAGAACUUGGCGGCAAAUCACCACUGAUCAUAUUAGCUGAUGCUGAUAUUGAGAAAGCUGCAGAAGUUGCACAUGAAGCUACAAUGGUUAACCAUGGACAGUGUUGUGUGGCUGGUACUCGUGUAUUUGUACAAGCUCCUAUAUACGAUCAGAUGGUUGAGAAACUGAAAAGGCUAGCUGAGCAACGUAAAGUUGGUGAUCCUUUCGUAUCUGGUACUAUACAAGGUCCACAGAUUGACAAUGUACAAUUUGAAAAAAUCAUGUCAUAUAUUGAAAAAGGCAAAAAACAAGGUGCUCGACUAGUCACUGGAGGAUGUCGAAUUGGAAAAAAAGGUUAUUUUAUUCAACCAACAGUGUUUGCAGAUGUGUCUGAUGAAAUGUGUAUAGCAAAAGAAGAGAUUUUCGGUCCAGUUCAAUGUAUAUUGAAAUUUAAUACAUUGGAAGAAGUAAUUGAACGUGCAAAUGCCACACAUUACGGAUUAGGUGCUGGUGUAUUCACAAGUGAUAUGGAUAAAGCAAUGAGAAUUGCUCAAUGUGUAGAAGCUGGAAGUUUUUGGAUCAAUAGUUAUAAUCUCAUUUCUCCUCAAACUCCUUUUGGUGGUUAUAAAAUGUCUGGAAUAGGACGUGAACUGUGAGUAUUAUGAUGAAUAAAUUUCGCAUGUAUAUGUUUUAGUACGUUAUCAUAAUUUUAGUUGUUUCCAAUAUCCGGCCAUGUUCGACAGUGAAAAUGCGCUACAACAGGAUAUCCACUUAAUGCAUAGAAACUAGUAUAUUGCAUGUACAUUUCUGCACAACCACCAAUAUGAUUCCUUUCGUAAACCUGCAAUUAUUAAUUAAUUUUCAUGUUGCGAGAUUAACUGUUUUACAAAUUUGAUGACUAUUUCACUGGCCUGCAUGAGUUGGAUAACAUAAUCUCGAUGGUCAAGUAUUCAAGCCUACAGUAACUAAAUCAGAUCAUUACAACUACUUAUUUUUCUAACCAAAAUUAUCUAGAGAAACGUUUAGAACUUGUUCAUUCGUAAAUGCUCUUCAGUGAUAAACAUCGAUAAAAACUGUAAUCAUUUACUGUAACCAUUUACAUAAAAAAUGAAUUGUUUAUCUGAAAGUAGAAUUCAGUUAGACUAGUAGAUUAAGAAUGCUCCCGAUUUCGGUAAGACCAUAAUUGAUUUGAACUGUGAUUGGUUUUUCCUACUGUGUCAUCCAUCAUAAAAGUACCACUGUCAACUAGGACCAUAAAUAAUUUAACGUAUUCUAUUAAUGGGCACAUUGUUAAAUGAGUGUGAAUAUUUGUCUAGCUUGAUAGUUCUACUCACUAGUUGACAUUAAAUAGGGAACGAAUGAAAAUGCUAAAGCACUGUGUGGCUCUUUCGUCAUAGCUUAGGACUUUUCAACUGAUCAUACAUACAGUCACACGAACGACCUUCAAGUCAGUCAUCAAUGAAUAAUUUUGAGAUGAAUAUCGCUGAGUUUUAGUGAGGAACUGUAGAUCGUGAAAUCAGCUAUCUAGAUUAUGUGGUAGAUACCUACAGAUGACAUUGUAUGAUGUUGGCAUUGUAUCACUGAUUAAAUGAGACUGGAAACAUGAACCAUUUCAACAUUACUACAUGAUAUUACUCAUUCUUUUCCUCAUUAUUUCAGUGGGAAAGAAGCACUGGAUGGUUACUUGCAAACGAAAGUGAUUUCUAUGCCAAUUUCAGUAAAGAAUUCUUGAAAUUCAUGACAGUUUUUUUUAAUUCUUUUGUAUUUUUCUCUAUAAACACGAUUAUUUUACAGUAGAAUUUUGAUA